UAUGUAAAGAAUAGCAGAUGUGUCGAUGUAGGACGUUUGUAGACACUACAAGUUUUCAUCGACUGCAAUCAAGAUGCUUAAACCUAAACUGUAGAUAUUUCAUAAUUCAACUAUCUUACAUUCGGAUGAGGACAUAUUGUACUUUGUAGUGCUGGUAGUUUAUUAAUGUAUGCUGUUGAAAUGUAUUGAUUUCAAAAAAGAAAUGUUGUACUUUUUAUCCCACUACAGUUGUUUGAUUGCUUUCAUUCAUUAUGUUGCAUUAUUUUGAUUUUUCAUACCAACAUGAGCAAGCAGAUAAAGGAGUACUGUGGAGUAUCUGAGUUCUUAUUCUCCCAUCAGACUAGGUCCAAAAGUGGCAUAAAUACAUCUAUUUUAGUGGCAUUGUGUGCAGCAUUGUCCAUUAUCUAUACACUGCUUAAUCCUCAUUCGGGUCGUGGGGGGGCUGGAGCCUAUCCCAGCUGGGUUAGAGCGAAGGCAGGGGACACAUACACAGACAAAUAAGCACACUCGCAUUCACACCUAUGGACAAUUAAGAGUUACCAGUUAACCUCAGCAUGUUUUUGGACUGUGGGAGGAAGCUGGAGAACCCGGAGAAAACCCACACAUGCACCGAGAGAACAUGCAAACUCCAUGCAGAAAGAUCCCGGGACAUGAACCGGGCAUCUAGCUGCAAGGCAAAAGUGCUAACCACCGAGCCACUGUGCAGCAUUUUAGUUACCUAAAAGAAUAUUCUUUGAACAUUCUUUUGUACUGGAGUAAUGCUGAUUACAAUGGUGACAACUUAAGUUAACACCUUGGGUGGUGUUUGUUUAGUAUGUACAGGCUGGUGCGGUACAGGUGGAGCCUCACAUGUCCUGUGAAUAUAAGCUUAACCUCUACAUAAUAUUUGUGCGUGAGACGGAGGCACCACAUGUGAGUCAAUGAGGUUUGGUCGUAUGAAUGUAUGAGCUACGGAGAAGCUGUGGAGUAGAACGAUGCCUUUAAUGUCUCCCAGGUGGGUUGCUGGAGUUGAUUUUGUUCUUGCAUUUUAAAGUCCAAUGCAAAUACUGAUCACUGUAGCAAGGGAAUUUGCAUGUUGUUGCUAUAGCACUUAUGUAAUAUUCAGACUGUUCUCAAAAUAGAUGGCAUUUGAUUUAAAUUAUGAGAGAAAUAAUACCGUAACAUUAACAAACAGCGGGAGACACUCAGGAAUCAAACAGCUUCUUACUGUAAAGAAUAGAUUUUUCAUUAUAUAUGCAAGCAAGAGAGGCAAAAUUCCAUCAGCAUCUCACCGUGUCUCGCAUAAAUACAAGACACUAGUAGUUUUUUGUGCACAUACACAAGUAACACACACCCACGUCAUAGUAAUCUGUCAAACUUCAGCUCUGCACAAUAAGACACUACCGCUCUAUGUUUCCUAGGUUUCCCAGGGUGCAGCCUUAUCUAAGGUUACCUUGAGCACUGGAACAAUCCAUUCUCUGUACUGAGGCAACACAAGGCAGACAGUAUCUUUAUGCUUGGACUACGAGUUUCAAUACAUAUUCAAGCUUUGAGCAGACACAUUUUAAUCUCAUGCACAUGCUCAAACUUUCCACUUGAUUAUGUCAUACUCAGACACUGAUGAUUAAGAGUUAUUCACCUCUUAGUAGUGAUUUGGCAAAUUUUCCAUUUUAUGUGCACUACUGCUUAUUUCUACUGGUAACACCUGGCAUUGGUUAAGAUAGAGGCAGACAUUACACACCUCCUGUCUCAUGGAUGGCAGAAAUUAUUAUCUAACAAGGCCUCACCUGUGCAUACCGAGGGUGUGGCAGAACACGUGACUCAUUUGUGUCAACCAUCAACGCAGGUGAUUUGGUCCUCCUUUGAAAAACAAAAAAACCUCCACCUUGGGUAACCCCAUGGGAGACCAGAGGACGCUGCUGGGCCUCAGAGGUUUCCCUGGAGAGCUUACACCGUCACAUGAUUACUCGGCAUUUGAUGUGGAUAAGGCGUUUCCCUCGUUAAGUCUGGUUGUAUUGAGCAGUAUAUGCUUUGGUUGACUCUAAACCUGUAAACCAUAUUUUACCAACUCUAUUGCAAAACUUUAAUUGUAUAGUUUAAUUUGAGAUGUUUCUCGAAAUUUGCUUGAUGGUUAGAAUUACGCUAUAUGCAGUGGAUUUUUGAAAACAGUCGAUGAAAUGAGAAAUGUGCACUUUUGUAAGGCUUACAGUGAAUACACAUUUUCAUUAUUGUUCUUUUUAAUGUUUUUUAUGUUUGUUAAUUUAGUCAGAAUUGUCAGCUGCCGGACCAACAUGAUGACUCAUUUGGAAAUUUUUGCGUUUAUUACGAAAACAGUUCACCAAAAUGUGUUGAAAUAAGCAAUGCAACUGCUGAAUCUGUCUUCAUUUCACAGUCUUAAGGGUUAGCUUAAAAUUUUUUCCUGAGUUCUGGAGUUUGGUGGUGACUGGAUGACCCCGAUUUACAUAAUGUAGCCUUGACCUCAAUGUGAUGCAAAUGAGAAGUGGGUAACGAGGUGCCAAUCGCAGAGCUACCAGAAUGCAUUUCAGGGCUGCUUACAUCAGAAUGGAAAUCGUAGAAAUGAUGGCUUCUGUGGACGUGUGGCAUUAGUCACAGUUUACUGAUUUCUGACGUGACGUCUUCAUUCUCCUCUUUACUCUGACUAGCAGCCAACGCCACAGAGAUAAUCAUUUUAAAAUGUUCUAAAACAGACAAAAGCAGCAAAAUUUGCGAUUAGAAAUCUGUAAAUACAAAAUCAACUUAUCCGUUCAUUGACUAUUCAUUGCACCACAAUGUGCCAUGCCGUUUUACUGAGUCUCCUUUUCACAUGCAAAGGAGUCCCUUUAUUAAUUUCAUGAGGUGAAACACUGCAGAUAGUUUGGAAUUAUUGGUCACUGAUAGAUAUUUGAACCAGUACCUUCACAAUAAGGAUCUGCAGUGACUCUCUGCGACCCGUUUGUGCAUGUCACUAUAUCACAAAUCAAAUAAUACACUUUAGAUAUAAAGUAAUAGGAAAGGAAUUUGGUAGGAGUGGAACUAUGAAUAUAGUGUUGAUAAGAGAACCUUUGCAGUCAGGCGCCAUGGUAUAUUUGAAAAUGUUCCGUGUUGUUUCUCUCUUACUCCACAUUCUUGAACCAGGUUAUGUGGCUUCAGUGUAAAUGGAGCAUAGCCUGGUUUCUACUGUGCUCCUCCGUCUGUGCUACAGGAUCCGUGACCCCUAUCCAUUACAGGAAAACCUAUCGCUUGUACAAAGUAAAAACAAAGGAAGGGAGAAGGCCCGUGUGCAUGCAUGUGUGUGCACACAUAUUUGUAGCCAGGCUUUUGUGUUUGCAAUCAAUCAUUCAGCUACUGAGAGUACUUUACCUGUGCUAGUGCAACCUCAGCAGUCUGAGCCCCCAACCCCCAAACACACACACACACACACACACACACACACACACACACACAUGCAUUCACUGGCACUGAUGAUAGAGGCAGAAAGAACAUUUUUCCUUUCCUCUCACGCUGCCUAGUUAUACCAAUUCCCUCUGCAUUCCUCACACCAGUGCAGUCGAAGCUCAUACACAUCCACCCUGAUGCACACAAAAUAUGUGCACUCACACACACUCACACACACUCACACAGGCAUUAUUCUGACGGUCUGCUGCUGGGGAGGCAGAGCUCUGGUUUCAUUCAGGCUUCAGGCGACUUCUAGUCUUGUGUUUGCGUGCAGUGGCUACUGGGCGCUUGACAACAAAGAUAUCAUCUCAGGUGAGUCGUUUCAAUAACACUGAAGAUAAAGCAGUCUUUUUGUGACUGAGAUCUGGACAGAGGUCACAGAAAUAAAGAAACUGAAGGUAGUGACUUCAUAGUGGUAGCCACGUACAAGAGACAGAACCUCUGUAUAGUUAGGACUAAGUCACAUAUCUUGAGGUGGUGUUUGGUGCAUUUCUUAGUCCUUCAGACAGCACAAAGUUUUAUGUAGUUAUGCACUUUUUGCUCCUGACUAUGCACUACACUAUAGCACUUAAUAAAUGUUUACUUUUUACAUAGCUUUCAUUAAAAAUUUGCUCCAGUUGGAAGCCUCUACGUCCAUCUCCACAUGCCAUUUUAGUGGAAGAAAUUUGUCUUAUCAGGUAUAUUUAUGUUAUUUUAAUUGAUAUAUGUCCAAAAGUCUCUCCAAAGAAUGUGUUCCCAAUCAGUACGUUCCUUAUGAAGGGGAAUUAAAAGGAGAUUAGGAGCUGCACAAAGGGAUGGAGACCACUGCCGAUUGGGUGCAAGGGGUCAUUAGUGAAGGGGAUUGCAUUUCUGCCCCGUUCAUUCAGAAUUCCUACUCUCGCGUAGUGCCAUGCCUUUGUUCCUUCCCAUUAGCAGCGCUUUGACUUUAGUCCAUUUUCUUCUGCCUCAUUUCACAGAGUUUAGCGCUUUCACUGAGAAGCACGGUGACUUUUAGCUGAGAUGAGAAUUCCUUUUGUCCCUCAGGAAACUUACUGGGAGGAAGCAGCUGUAGAUUGUUGCUAUAUUGCUGCUGCUCUGUGGAUUUGUCAUUUCCUGUGUAGCUGGCCAGUACGAGGAAGCACAGUCCAACUUUUGCUGUAGAUUUUAACUGUGUUUCUCUCUCCACAGAAAAUUCAAGAUGAAGACAUGGAGAUAACAUUGCUGACUCUGGAUCAUUGUUUCUCCAUUUGAGUGGAUUCAGCUUCGAGCAUGCACACAUAGACCUAUAAACUAUAUUUGACAGAGUUUGUGUGGAGAUAAGUGGACGCCGGUCUUUUUCAGACACAGGAAUUUGGACUGAGCUUUCUCAGAAAAUGGCUACAACAGAAACCAAAGUUGCCGGCAGCGGCAGCACUGCAGGUCUGUCGUGGGCACGUGUCUGUAAGGAGUGUGGCCAGCAGCACGAGGGCCUGGACAGCCACCUGUACGAGUACCAGGACGAGGUGGAUGAUGAACUGGUUUGCCACAUUUGUCUGCAGCCCCUGCUCAGACCUAUGGAUACACCGUGUGGCCACACUUACUGCUUUCACUGUCUGAGCAACUUCUUGAAGGAGCAGGACUUCUGCCCUGUGGACCGCCAGCGGCUGCAGUUGCAUCAAUGUCGCCCCUCCAGCCUGCUGGUCAGAAACCUGCUGGACAAGCUGACAGUCAUGUGUCCUCACAGUGCAGAGUGCCAGCAGCAGAUGCAACGCUGUGAACUGCAGCCUCACCUGCACAACAGAUGUCCUGUUUUUAGAAGACUCAGAGAGGAGGCAGAGAAGAGGAAGAGGCCCUCGUGGAAUGAACUGAAGGGACGUAAAGGUGACGGGGAGACGUCUGGAGAUGCUAAACAUUCGGCGACACAGUCUCGAAAUCACGCCCGCGAUCAGCCUGAGCCUGGUCUCAUUAAUCCUGCCUAUGAGGAAAGUGAGGACGACAACACCCCCCUGCGAUCCAGUCUGGUGGCCGAGGCCAGCGUGGUGGAGCUGUUCAGAGACGAACCGGAGGAGGAGCUGGGCCUCCGCAGUGGGGGGAAAGACACACCGCUGGGAAACAUAGUCAUCCAGGAGAUAGUCCGAGACUCACUAGCUGCUCGUGAUGGCAGACUGGCCCCAGGGGACCAUAUUUUAGAGGUGAAUGACGUCAGUUUGGCUUCAGUUCCUCACGCCCGGGCCAUCACAGUGCUGCGGCAGCCUGCCCUCCUCAGGCUCACUGUCAUGCAGGAGAAAGGUUUCAAAUUAAGGGAUCAACGGUCGGAUCAUCACCUGUCCACUCCCGCCACUUCCACUGCCUCCCAACCCUCUCACAGUCCCCACGGCAACGCUACCUCCAAUCACAACCCCGGCACGGUCCUGCAGGUGACGCUGAUGAAGAGUCAGCGCACAGAACCGCUUGGCAUCAAACUCAUCCGCAAGUCAGAUGAGAGCGGGGUUUUCAUCCUGGACCUGCUGUCUGGUGGUUUGGCAGCCAAGGACGGAAAACUGAGGAACAACGACAAAGUGUUGGCCAUCAACGGACACGACCUGAGGCAUGGGACGCCUGAGAGCGCUGCCCAGAUCAUACAGGGCAGUGAGGUGCGUGUGAACUUUGUGGUGAUGAGACCUGCAGAGGCUCAGGAGGAAGGUGGAAGCAGCAGAGAUGGUCAACACAGCCGAGCAUCCAGGAGAGCGCCGGAGCCACAGUACUUCAGGCGCCGGUCCACCUACAUGAAGGAUCCUCCAGGUGGGUUUUCUAGUCAGGAGAAGACUGUGAGUCUGAAGAAGGAGCCCCGGCUCUCACUUGGCAUCACUAUUGCAGGAGGGAGGGAUUGUCGCAGUCGCCUGCCCGUUUACAUCACGAGUGUGCAGCCUGUUGGCUGUCUGCACCGAGAUGGUACCAUCAAAAGAGGUGAUGUUCUGCUGAGCAUCAAUGGAGUUGAUCUGACCCAGCUGACCUACAAUGAGGCUGUUUCUGUGCUGAAGGCUCAGACAGCUCAGUCCCAGGUGGUGCUCCGUGUCAUUCAGACCCUCUCUGAGGACUCCGAGGACGAUGCUGAAGCUAGCAGUAAGGACGAACUCGACUUUAUGGACGACCCGCGAGACGACGCUCUCAACUGGACACCGCUGUGGACUCGCUGGCUGGGCUUACCAAGUCACAUGCAUUGGUGUCGGGACAUCGUCCUGCAGAAGACAAACAACGAGAGCUGGGGCUUCAGUAUCGUUGGGGGCUAUGAGGAGAGCCAUGGGCAGCAGCCCUUCUUCAUUAAAACCAUUGUGCCUGGUACACCUGCUCACUUCGACGGGCGCCUCAAGUGCGGUGAUGAGAUUGUUGCGGUGAACGGAGCUACAACUGUGGGAAUGAACAACUCCUCUCUCAUCCCGAUGCUCAAACUGCAGAAGAAUAAAGUCACACUGACGGUAGUGUCUUGGCCAGGGAGUCUAGUGUAACAAAACACACUUUCUCUUUGACGUUUCUUCUUUUCUCUGUCACUAUUAGUUGAGCACACACACGUUGCCCUGUUUAGCUGCAUUCUUCACCGGGACGCUCGCUGUCCUUUCCAUAUGUCACUCGUUUGGUCACAUACUUUGUUAAUGUUUCUGAUCAGUUUUGUUACAGAGAACACGUGUGAACUUAAAGAGCCAUGCCAUGUAUGACAGAAAGGAGUAUAAUGUUUGUUUCAGUGCGCUCACAGAGCAGUUGACGGCACUAGCAGGGUGCAAAAAUGACGACAAUCAGUGCAUUAUAUGCUAAGAAUAAACUGGAAGGAUUGUUAUUUUUAAUCCUGUUUUAAAGCUGUGUGUAUAUUUACCAGUUCAAUAUCGUAUUAUUUGAUUAUCAUGAUUCACACAAACCGUGUACAAAGAUGAAACACAGUGAAUAUAUGUUGUGAUGAGGAAUUACUGAUGACAGAAUGGCUGCUGACUAUAAACCAAUGCCAAAGACAGAAAAUCUUCCUGACACGUGUGAUAUAUAAUCAAGUUAAAUGUUUGUACACUUUCAAAGCGUGCAACAGAGUGAUAUAACCUCUGUAAACUGAAUCAAGUCGACAAUAAGAAUAAAAUCAGCUAUAGCCACAGUGUGUUAUAGACGAGACUGUUAACUGGAGGGUUUUUGUGGAGAUGGGAAGGUUCAUUUUAAAGGGUCACAAUCUAAAAAUAUUUGACAUCCAGUCCUGUUGAAGUCAUAAAAAUAAACAGAAUCCCUUCUAAAAUUAACACAGAUCACUUAAUCAGAGUGGAACUGGUGGUAAACGGCUCAGGUACCAAAUUUAUGUUCGAUCUAUAACAGGAAACAAACUUGGUGAAAUCUGAGCUGCUCUAAAUAUGCUACUAAAUUCCAAAUCAAAAAUGCUGUUAAUCUGUAAAUGAAACAUUGACCCCCCUCUAUUGGCGCUCUGUAUAUAUUUUCAAAUGAUAAAAUGGCUCGUACUGAAUGACUAUUAAGCCUGAUGCCUUGUAGACAUUGAAGGAAAAACCAGAAUGUAUACUUGCCUUAAAUCGCCACUGUACCAAAAAUGCGUCCCCCUCCUCCAUUUUUUCCUUCCGUUCUGUACUGAUUAUUUUGUACGAAGGAGAAUGGCCUUGUUCAGAUACAUUUGUGUCAACACAUUCCCAGUGGCCUUGCUUGUGUCUAAAUGGAUGCAGGACUUAUUGAACAAUUCAGAGUGGCUGUGAAAUACGAAUAUACAACAGGUGGUAUGUGUGUUAGCCCGUCCACUGUUACAUUGUGUUCAAUAAAAUCGUAUCAAAUCA